ACCACCCGGUAUUUCUUUGUCGAAGCUUCCCGACUCAUUCAGUUUUCACACUACGGGCGGCACAAGUGGUAUUCUCGGCCUCUGUUAAAAUGCCGCUAGAAAACUUAGAAGAAGAAGGUUUACCCAAAAACCCUGAUCUACGGAUCGCACAGCUGAAGUUUUUACUAACUAUCGAUGGACAUCGAGAUGACGUGAAGGUGAAAGAAGAGCUGAUGGAGGCCGUCAAACAGAACAAUAUGGCACCAUAUUAUGAAACUCUUUGCAAAGAGCUGAAGUGGCAGGUGGACACCGACCUUCUAAGUAAAAUGAAGAAGGCCAACGAAGAGGAGCUAAAACGCCUAGAUGAUGUUCUGGAAGAUGCAGAGAAGAACCUUGGAGAAAGCGAAAUCAGGGAUGCCAUGAUGGCAAAAGCGGAAUAUUUGAUUAGGAUUGGUGAUAAAGAAGGAGCACUAACAGCUUUCCGCAAGACUUAUGACAAAACUGUGGCACUUGGGCAUCGCCUAGACAUUGUGUUUUAUUUGCUGAGAAUUGGACUGUUUUACAUGGACAACGACCUUAUUACUCGAAACACUGAAAAGGCAAAGAGUUUGAUUGAAGAAGGUGGUGACUGGGACAGAAGAAAUCGUCUAAAGGUUUACCAGGGUCUUUACUGUGUGGCCAUUCGGGAUUUCAAGCAAGCAGCAGAGCUCUUCCUGGACACCGUAUCAACAUUUACUUCCUAUGAACUCAUGGAUUAUAAAACGUUUGUCACCUACACGGUCUACGUCAGCAUGAUUGCACUGAAGCGGCCAGACCUUCGGGAAAAGGUGAUAAAAGGAGCAGAAAUAUUGGAAGUGUUGCACAGUCUGCCAUCAGUCCGACAGUAUUUGUUUUCCCUCUAUGAGUGCCGCUAUUCUGUCUUCUUCCAGUCUUUAGCAACUGUAGAGCAGGAGCUCAAGAAGGACUGGCUUUUUGCUCCUCAUUAUCGCUACUAUGUGCGCGAGAUGAGAAUCCACGCCUACAGCCAGCUUUUGGAAUCUUACCGCUCAUUAACGCUGGGCUACAUGGCUGAAGCCUUUGGAGUCAGUGUGGAAUUUAUUGAUCAGGAACUUUCCAGGUUUAUUGCAGCUGGUAGACUACACUGCAAAAUAGAUAAAGUGAAUGAAAUAGUUGAAACAAACAGACCUGACAGCAAGAACUGGCAGUACCAGGAAACUAUAAAGAAGGGAGACCUCCUGCUUAACAGAGUCCAGAAACUGUCACGGGUUAUUAACAUGUAGUGAGGAGUCUGUCUAACUGGACUCGGCCACAGUCAAGCAGAAAGGACUGGCACUCGUUACAUUUUUCAAUAUUUCGGAGUAAGAAUUCAAUUUGUACAACUAUCUUCAAGUUCACAACUUUUUUUUUUUGGUUC